AUGAUGCUGGCUGAGACUCUGCAAGGUCCCAUGGACUGCAUCAGUGGCCUUAACCUCCCACAUCUUCCUGCGGUUGUCCUCGGCGUCCUCCGGCGUCCCCCUCCUCUCCCUCUGAGCGCUCCCCGCUCGCCCAUUCUCCUCUCGGUCUCCCGCCAUCGCGUCCAGCUGUGGCCCUCACAGGGCGCGCUCGCUGGCUCUCACCUGACAGGUCCCUGGCCUCAGGACGACAGCCAGCACCAACAAUCUCCCUACAUGAGGGACAAAGCGACGCAGACCCCCAGGGCCUGGGCAGAUGAGAGGAGGAGGGGCUCUCACAAACGCUCGGCCUCCUGUGGGAGCACCGACCAGCUCAAGGAGAUUGCCAAAUUGCGUCAGCAGCUUCAGCGCAGCAAACGCAGCAGCCGCCAUCGGAGGGAUAAAGACCGCAAGUCCCCGUUCAAUGGCAGCCAUACCAUCAUCCAGUCGCAGUCACCCAUGCCCAAGACCAUCCUGAUACCCAUCCCUAUAUCCAAGUCAUCGGCCCCUCGUUUCCGCAACAGCGUGGAGGGCCUCAACCAGGAGAUCGAACGCAUCAUCAUCCGAGACACCCCUGAGAAGGACGAGACCAUCGUUCCACAGGAUGUCCCAGAUGGGCACCGCGCACCCCCGCCCGUCCCCCCACAGCGCAGCAGCAGCACCCGCAGCAUCGACACACAGACUCCCUCAGGGGGCGGCCUGAGCGGUAACCAUAGCAACUGCAGUAGCCGUCCCGAUUCCAUCUCGCCCUCCUACCUCACCGUCCUCAAUGACACGGGUGGAGGCAGCCCCUACGAGGACAAAGAGCUGGGCCCCUACUCCCCGCUGCCUAAAUACGCCGCCUCCCCCAGACCCAACAACAGCUACAUGUUCAAGAGAGAACCUCCAGAGGGCUGCGAGAAAGUCAGAGUGUCAGAGGAGACCAUGCCCAAACCUCUGCAGGACAUCCCUCCCUUCUUGUGUCCCGACCGCAACAAGGUCAACUUCAUCCCCAACAGCGGCUCUGCCUUCUGCCUCGUCAGCAUCCUCAAGCCCUUACUCCCCGCCCCGGACCUCGGCUUUCGCUCCGGGGUGGGCCUCCGAAGCCUGUCCCCGUCCCUCGUGCCUCUGUCCACCCAGCCCUGCCUCCUGGAGGAGCCCGAGAGCUUCUGAGGGCCCCCCAAAACAACCCCCCCGCCCCUCAAAAUCAGAAAACAUUUACUACGAAACAACCCUUCUGCUCCAAAAAAAUGCCUUCAGCAUGCCAGCUAAGCUCUCUCUGAUGUCCUUAUCUUGUUGAAAAAGCGCUUCCCACUGCCUCUCCUCCUCAGACGACUACAACGUGAGAGUCCUGCAGCCCUGUGCGGGUGUUUGCAGCUAACAUUUCAUCGCUUUCUUCUACCUUUAGUGCUGGUUAUGUUCCUGUUUUUUGGGAGGAAAAGGACAGACUCUUUGAUUUCAUCGUAUUAUACCAUGGCGCCUUUCCACGGACAUAUCUCUUUUUCUAUCUGUAGUUAUUUCUCUUGAUAUAAAAUAUGCCUUCCAUUAUUAUUAAGAAAAAAAAGAAAAAAAAAGGCCGCUGGUUUCCUCGGAGACCAAGAGUUUGACCACGGAGGCUAAUUUUCGGUGCUGCCAGAUAUAUCGUAGCAAAACUUGAACGGUCGCGACAAGGAGAAGUUAAAAAAAAAUGUGCCUGAUAUUUUAGACCGCUCAGUUUCGCUAAACCAGCGUAGUGCUCGGAUCAUGUUUGUUUCUUUAGCAUGACACACAUGAUGUUUGCACUAUGACGGCCAUAGAUACAUACAGAAAGGCAGGGACGAGCAGGAAAUGUACAAGUAUGGUGGUACGCAGCCCACGCUUAGAAACAAUACUCCACCUGGGACCUAAAUCAUCUGUUUUGUACUUUAAUCAGCGAUUUCCAGUGAAAGCUGACUGGUACAAGCUGAUGUCUUUGUUACACUAACUGGUAGCAGUGUGCUGGUCCCCUGCCGGCUGGUGUGUAUCUAUGGGAAACACAGGCCAGGGCUAUGAUGUGUGCAGCGUGUUCAACCUGUGUCUGCUUGCCCCUCCUUCCCACAGCGCCAGCUCAAAACGUCCCCUUUUUACUCCACGUCCAUCCACUUUCUGUUCCUCCUUUUUCCAGCUCUUUUCUCUCCUCCCCUCACAGUCACUGUAACGCUGAUUCCCCCUUCUUGUCUUGCUCAGCUAGUGUUGUUGUGAAAUGUGUCCAGGAGGGCGUCGUCCUCGCAGGGCGGGGCUCCCUUCUGGCUUGCAGGGCCCCGAGCACGGAGAGGCUGGUGAACCCAAAUACUGCACUGCAGACCAUAAUGACAUCCAUCCAUCCAUUAUCUGUAACCGCUUAUCCUAUUCAGGGUCGCGGGGGGGGACAGGGCGCCAGCCAAUCACACGGCUGACACAUAGAUACGUGCAAUUUAGAGUCAACAAUUAACAAUUAACCCAAAGUCUUAAAGAGACAGGCGCUAAAACGGAGCGUUUCAGACGGAGGGUGAAUACAGGUAUAUUCAGACAGACAGCAUGAGAAAAAUAAUGUGUUUUUUGAAUAUUAAAGCAUGUAAAUAUGUUCUAGUAGAAACCCAAAAUACAAGUACGAACCUAAAAAUUUACUGAGCUGAUAUGUCCCCUUUAAUGUUUUUUUUAUUAUUAUUAUUAUGUCAUGUUGUAUCGCCCUGUUCUGCAGCGAUCUCCAACUCCCACACAUACAAUAGUGGAUGGAAACGCACAAUAAUUUGCAUUUUAUUUUGCAGAUUUUCUCUUCUUUACUAGUUUGAAACAUUUGUUUUUUUUAUCUUUUGAAUAUUUUUGAAUUGAAACCGCUGAAAUUGAACGUAUUUCACGAGCUCACUCUCAGCGUAGUUUGUUGGCGGACAGCCUCUCCAUGCCGCGGCCCAUCUUCCUGUAAAUGUCAUUACUACUUGACUGUGCCUGCUACGGUGGGAUAGGAAUGUACUGGAUCUGUAAAUAUAGAGGCACACUGUGUUUGUAUUAUCGGCUGACAAAGAUAUGUAUCUGAAUGAGUCAACAAUUGUACCAUAUACCCUCCUCCUCCUCCUCCCCUCCUGCUUUUUCUCCGCUGAGUACUGUGAAUUAUUACAUGUCUCAUUAUUGUGAAUAAUAAUGUAUUUAUUUAUCAGGAGUGUAAUUGGGUCUUCAGAGAAUUUUAAUCCAGAAUAGAUUACAUCGUCCAUCUCAGGUUGUAGUGAAUAGGAUACAAAGAUAUACUAACUUCUCAGCGCACACUAACAAGUCUACACUACUAUUAAGAGAGCGAACCAACAGCUGCUAUCUAUGUAGCCUCACACAAUGGAAAUGAUGUAAACCUGUAGCAGAGUAGAGGUAGAGACGAAGUGUGGAUGACCUGAUUUGGCAUGACGAAAAAUGAAAUAAGUGAAGAAACGAAGAGUUCUGUUCCAAAAUGAGAUAUCCACUUGCUGAAAAACAAUCACACCUACGGCGACAUUUGUCGUUUUUAGACGUCUGUUUACAAAAAAAAAGAAAAGUAGUUUGAAAGAGCAGAUUGUGGAAACGCAGAUUUAUUUUCUUUUUCAAAGUGGAUAAACAGCAUUUUGGAAUGAGGCUCGACACAACGAUUCUUUGUUUGCUUGUCCAGUUUAUUGGAAACAGAACUGCCAAGUUUUCAUCUGUUAAACCCCUCGAGUGAAAUAAAAAGGCAUAGUUGAAUUAAAUAAAGCAUUUGUGAUUGACUUGA